AUGGAAGAACACAAAGAUCAGCCAGAUUCUGAGUCAGAGAAAGUGGAAAUCUUAAGACUGGCCCAGUCAAAGAGGAACAUUAAUAGUUUGAACAUGGACCUUGAAAGGGAUAUGCAGAGAAUAGACGAAGCAAAUCAGGAACUUCUUCUCAAAAUCCAUGAGAAGGAAGAGGAGAUUCAGAGGCUGGAAAGUGAGAUCACUGAGACCAAAGACUCGGCGGAAGACAAGGAGUGGGAGGAGAUCUGCACCCCGAUGGAAAGGGAAAAAGCCUUGCAGGAGCUGGAAGAAGAAACGGGCAGACUUGAAAGGAAGAAUGAGACUCUGGUCCACAGUAUAACAGAACUUCAAAGAAAGCUUACAAGCAAAUUACCUAAGACAACCAAGUGUGAACCAGGCAAUCUAAACGGAACCCCAGAAGAGUUAAAGGUUAAGUUACAACAGUUGGAAGCUUCCUAUGCAGACCAAGAGAAGGAGCUGGCCAAGGUCCUGGAAGACUACGCAUUGGUGGCCCAGCUCUGUGAGGAUCAGGCCCUCUGCAUAAAGAAGUACCAGGAAACUCUGAGGAAAAUAGAGGAAGAACUGGAGACCCGGUUCCUUGAGAGAGAAGUAUCAAAAGUCUUGAGCAUGUCUGCAAGAAAAAAGCAUAACAGCCAAAAUAAUAAGGAUAUUUCUCUGCAUAAGAAGGGAACACGGUUCUGUAGAAGGUCUGACCAAGAUGCUGUACUAGAAUGGAUCCUGGCUCCUGUCACUGAGAGUAACUCUAGAGGAAAAUUUAAGAAAAGUCGUGGGGAAGGGGCUACUUUUGACUGGAUUUUUCGAUAUCUCUUUUUCACCAUCCUAUUUUUCAUCAGACUGCUGGGCUACUUGUUUUUCCAUAUAAGUUUUAUAAAUCCAGAUCUCCUUGUCAACAUACUGCCCAAGAUACUGAACAGGGGCAUCCUGUGGAAGCUACGAUGCUUUCUCUUUCCAUCUCUCACUCUUGAGACAGAGGACAUUUUACCCCACUGA